AUGAAGAAGAAGAAGAUCCCAUUCAUGGAACCACCAAAGAAACAAAUCAAGCUAGGGAGUAGUAGCUCCAAUGCAAGAGCAGCAAUACCAACUUCACCACAUUCCAUUGAUGCAAGUCAAGAACAUGUGGAGAGUCCAAGAAGAGAAGAAGAUUGGGCACUUAUAAGAGAUGAUGUCACAUGGUACAUAAGGAAGCUAGGCUUGAGCAAGCUCUUCAAGCUAGAGUGCAGUGAGUACUCACUAACCAAGGAGUUCCUCUCCACAGUAGCUCUUGCCUUUCCCAACCACAAUGGAGACCAACCAGCUGGUGAUGGACUCCUACUCUUCAAGAUAGGCGAUGCCAAUGGGCGCAUCUCCAUCUCAGCUCUAUGCCAACUCUUUGGACUUCCCAAUGAGACAGCACAUGACUUCAAGGAGAACUCAAAGAGGAAACAAGCUGCCUUUGCUGAUUGGACACACUUUGCCAAUGAACCAUUCUUGCCUUCAAGAUCAAAGGUGUCUAGAAUCACUCAUCCAGCCAUUCGCUAUGUGCACCGCCUCAUCUCCACCACUUUCCAAUGCAAACAAGAAGCCAACAAGGUCACAACUGAUGAGUUCUACAUCCUCACCACACCAUUCAUCAAGCAUGAGUACAAGGCCAACCUUGGCUUUUACUUGCCAAGACAUUCAUCAAUGUGA